AUGGCAAAAGGAAAACCACUUGUAUGUGGUCUUAUUAUGGAUGAAAUGUAUAUAAAAGAAAAUAUCCGCUAUAAUGAAAAAGUUAAUUUAGUAAACACUGUUUUAUCUUUUGUUCAUGAUAAAGGCAUUUGUGUAAAAACGUUCACAUUUGAUGGAGCAGCCAUUGACAUUUCUAUGUCAGCUUGCUUAGGAGCAAACCUUACCAUGCCUUAUCCUGCACAUAUGUUGAAACUUUGUAGAAACACUUUAGGUGACUGGGGUGUAUUAUAUGAUAAAAGUGGUGAGUUAAUAAAAUGGGAUUAUUUUAAAGAACUCGUUUCCAUCCAAGACAAAGCAGGCCUUCAUUGUGGAACAAAAAUGAGAUCAAGACAUAUAAAUUAUCAAAAAGAAAAGAUUGUAAUGAGACAAAACGGAGUGCCCAUUUAA